AUGGCCUGCUGCUCCACCGGCUUCUGCGGAUUCCCCAGCUGCUCCACCAGUGGGAACUGUGGCUCCAGCUGCUGCCAGCCCAGCUGCUUCGAGUCCAGCUGUGGCAUUGGGGGCGGCAUCGGAGGCGGCUUUGGCCAGGAGGGUGGCUUCGGAGCCAUGAGCUACCGCAYYAGGUGGUGCCGCCCAGACUGCCGCGUGGAGGGCACCUUCCUGCCACCCUGCUGCGUGGUGAGCUGCACACCCCCCACCUGCUGCCAGCUGCACCAUGCCCAGGCCUCCUGCUGCCGCCCAUCCUACUGUGGACAGUCCUGCUGCCGCCCAGCCUGCUGCUGCUACAGCUGCCCACCACCCUCYUGCUGUGAGCCCACCUGUUAA